UCCAAGCUUACGACCAAGCUGGUGACCGUGAGCUCUGCGCAAGCCAAGGACAUCACGGUCAUUGACACGACCGAUAUUUUUGAUCCAAGAGCUGCCAUCAGUGAGGCGUACAAAGAAAUUACUCAUUGCGUCAAGCUGUCCUCCCCGGGCCCUUACACGCUGCUGCUGGUAACCGAGCUGGGCCAAUUUAUCAAGGAGGACAAGGAAGCCAUGUAGAAACUGCAGGAUGUUUUUGGAGUUGAUGUUUUGAGGCACGCAAUCGUCUCACUCACCCAUAUGGAAGACUUGGUGGGGAGGUCGUCGCACCAUUACCGGCGGUAUUGCGGCAACGGAGCACUCCAGGACCUGAUCCUGCGGCGUGGGAGCCGGUACUGCGGCCUCAACGAUAAAGCAGUCGGUGCCGAGCGGGACCAGCAGAUUGCCAAGCUGAUGGGGAUGGUCUGCCGCGUGGUGCAGGAGAACGGGGGCAAGCGGUACCACAACGCCACGUACCUGGGGCCCAGUUUAACAGAAGAAAAAGUGGAAUAUCACGCGGGGAG